AAUGAUCACAUGGAUCCCGCGUGGUGCUCCAUGCACAGUAAACAGUGGUACUUUUCGUGGCCGCAACAAACUGGUGCGAGGAAAUUAGGCCAAAUUUUUAUUGUCUCAGAGUAGAGAGAGAAUUGCAGAGCUUCCUGUAGCAGUAAAGCUCUCAUUUUCUCUCUCUUAGUGGGUAGUGGUAGAGAACAGAGAAUGUGGGGGGGUAGGCAAGCUUGUGAACAAUGCAUGGAAGAGUGCUACAGGAAGCAUGGGCAUAAGAUGCCCAACAAGAGCUCUUACUUCUUCAAGGUGUUAAUGGACAACUUCUCUGAGCGUUUGUGGAUCCCACCAGCUUUUCAGAGGCACAUUGAACAUGAAUCAUCUGAAAAUGCCAUUCUAAAAGGUCCAAAUGGAAAAAUUAGGCAUGUACAAUUGAUAAAAACCAUUGGUGGCAUGUUAUUUGAUGAUGGUUGGAAGGAAUUUGUGAGAGAUUGUUGUUUGGAAAUGGAAGACUUUUUGGUCUUUAGAUACGAUGGCAAUAUGCAAUUUACUGUUCAAAUAUUUGAUAGUACUGGAUGUGAGAAGGAAGAUCCUUUUAGUGUACAAAACUUUGUAAGUGAGAGAAGCCUUGUUGAAAUUGGAGUAACUCAGAAUUUGGUUGACUAUCCCGUCCUCUCUCAGCUUGGCUCUCACAAAGUUACCAUGAGAAAGAAAUCUAGAGAGUGGAACGUCAUGCCCUUGAAGCCAUUAGCUUAUGACAUGACUGAUGACUGUGAUAGAACUAAGGUGGAAGAAACAUUUCAUCAUAAAGAUGAUGGUGGAUUCAUCAAUAUAGAUUCAACUACAGAUAUUCAGGGGCACUUAGUGGCCUUUGACAUUGACAUUGGUUCCUGUGUUCCUUUUAGAACCAAACACAGAUCUCCUAAUAAGGGCAAACAGGUAGGGGUUUCAAAGUCAAACAUGCCAAAGAAUGAAAAGCUUAUGGACUCGCAUAUUGGGUGCUCAGAGGGAUUGAACAUUGACCCUCGUACUAGUGUUCCAUUUGUUUCCAACAACAGGCUUCCUGAUAAGCGGAAAUUUGCAAAGGUUUCAAAGACAACCAUAUCUUCCCAGAAGAAAGAAAAGCCAAAGGCUUUACAUAUUACACACUCAGAGAAACUGAAAAUUAAAAGCAGUUCACCUAUUACUUAUAUUUCGAAAGACAAACUUCCUAGGAAAAAUGCAAGUGUUUUGAAGACAAAGAAGUCUCCCCAGAAGAAAAAAAAAUCAGUGGGCUCUCGUGUUAGAAACUAUUCAAAUGUUGUGUCAGCAAGGCGUCCAGUGACAGAGAUAGAAAGACAAAAGGCAUUUGCAGCAGCGAGUUCAUUCAGAUCGGGAAAGCCAUUCUUCACGCAUAUUAUGAAACGAUCGAAUGUGUAUUCUGGAUUUUAUUUGCAUAUUCCAGUUUGGUUCUCAAGGAAAUAUUUCCCAAGAAGGUCACAACAUGUCACACUCCGGAACCCUUUUGGGGCACACUGGGUGGCAAUCUACAGAUACAAGGAAUCUGUAAGUGAGGGUGCCCUUGUUGGAGGUUGGAAAUAUUUCUCCAUUGAGAAUAACCUGGAAGAAGGAGAUGCUUGUGUGUUCGAGCUAUCAAACGAAGGAAUUAAAGAAAUGUAUGUACAUAUUUUUAGAGUAGUAGAGGAAAUCAAACCUCUGAAAUGGGCUACAUAGUGGGAGUCCAGAAAAGAUCAAAGGCAUGUGUUCAUAUCUACAGGGUGUUAAAGAUGGGCUGUAGUUGUAAUAAGACAGAGUUAUGUACAAUUAUACACGGUAGGGCAUUAGAAAAACCGAACUGCAGAAUGGGCAAGCAGGUGAAAGUGGAAAGUGAUGCCCACUUCUUUUGUAUUGUUUUAGUGUCUGUGGUACUUUGUAACAAGGAUUUUUCCUUCUCAGUCUGUAGAGGGAUCUGCUUGUUAUGAAUUUAGAAAGCUGAAUACAAAUAAGGGAUACAAUGUUAGCUUGUAUAUUAA